AUGCCGACUUCGCUGGUCACCGGUGGCACGGGCUUCAGAGGCCUGCACGUUGUUAAGCUCGUUCUUGAGAAGGGCGAAACCGUUCACACCACCGUCCGCAGUUUAAAAAACGCCGCCAAAUGCAAGCCUCUCCUCGACUUCCAAGCCCGGUAUCCAGGCAGACUGUCCCUUUUCGAGGCUGAUCUUCUCCGUGAUGGCUCCUUCCGCCCCGCGAUGGAGGGCUGCAGUGUUGUCUACCACAUCGCAUCGCCAUUUCUGGCACCGCCACAGAUCAAAAACGGAGUGAACGAAUGCGUCGAGCCCGCUUUGCAGGGCACUCGCAAUGUGCUGGAGUCGGUGGACCAAUGCGAGAGCGUGCACCGCGUCGUCCUGACCUCUUCGAUCGCAGCAAUGUACAGCGACAGCAUCGAAGUCACCCUGAUGAAAGACAGCACCCUCACCGAAGCCUACUGGAACGACACCGCCACCGAGACCAACAACCCGUAUCACUAUUCCAAGGUGGCCGCCGAACGCGAAGCCUGGAAGCUGCACGACAGCCAAACCCACAAACGAUGGGACCUCGUCGUCAUCAACCCGGGCCUCACCCUGGGCCCCCCACUCACCACCGAGUCCACCUCGGGUAGCCUGUUCACGAUUGAAAACAUUUUCUCCGGCCAGAACCAACAGGGCACCCCCGAACUGUACUACCCUGUUGUCGACGUGCGGGAUGUUGCGGCCGCGCACGUCAAGGCUGGGACAAGCAAGACGGCCAACGGUCGGUACUUGAUUGCGGGCGACCGGACGGUGGGGCUGUUGGAGAUGGCGACGAUCGUGCGGCCGAUCCAUAAAGAUCCCAGGAUGUUGCCGUCGCGGAAUCUCCCGAAGCUGAUGGUGUACCUGGCGGGCCCGUUUAUCGGGGUGUCGUGGAGCUGGGUGUCGAGGAACAUUGGGAUUGAUUUCAAGGUGGACAACAGCCGGAGUGUGAGGGAGUUGGGGAUGGAGUAUGCGCCCGUCGAGCAGGUGAUCAAGGAUCAGUAUGAGACGUGGGUGAGAAUGAAAGGGGGGAAUUAG